AUGGAGGAGAUAAUCGCCCACAACAUGAAGGUCGCCAGGUCUGACAGCUGCCCAUAUGAUUUGAGCGGUCUCCGUAUGCCCCUACGCACGAAACAAAGCUUUCUUACCUAUGAGUCUUGGCGUUGUCUUUUCACAGCAAAAGAUUUACAAGAAGUUUGGCCGGUGCUAAAAUCUGCUUUAGAAGAGUAUGGCAUUUCAUGUGCAUUGGAUUUGGAUCAAUAUUUCAUCACAUUCACGACAACCAAGGCUAAGGACUCAUAUGCUCUUCUCGACUCUAGAUAUCUUAUUCGACUUUUGUCAGCAGGAGUUCCUCCACUUCGGGCAGUAAAAGUAAUGAAUGGAAUGCCAUGCUACCUCGUCUACACUGGGUAUAUGUUCAAUGGGCUUUGCAAAAAAUUUGGUAUCAAGCCGGAUAAGUAUGAAUCUAGGAAGAAACUGCUCAUGAGUCUCCCGGUACAGGAACUUGAAAAAAUGACAUGCUGUAACAUUUAUCUCUGCCCAAAGGAUCACUUGGUUGCCGUUAUGGGUCCAAUUCGAGGAAUGAAGCUAGUCAGGAAGAUUGUGGAAGAUUGCAUUGUUCAUAAUAUGCCUCCGGCACCUCGUGUAAGGAGGCUUGCAAAUUACAUUCAAGCGAUUAAAGGUGUUGAGGCGUUGAGGUUAUGA